CGGAAGGAAAACUACGUAAUCAGCUCGGUUAUUGUUGCUUCUUCCCAGUGUUAAAACAAAGAAAGAUGCGGUACAGUGUAUAGGGCAGGUAAUAGUUGGCUCGUGGAUUAACUUUCGGUUUAAAAUGCUACAAAAACUGUUUUAUGUUUACAUUUUAAAGACUGGAUGUAUAAAGCAUUUUUAAUACGGAUUUAUUAAACCAGAUGAAAUUCCAGGAAUACGGAUACUGUGAAUAACUAUAUCGAACACACUUCUCGAACGGGCAGAAAGAACUGGAAACACAUAUCAUGUCGGAUGAAGAGAAACAGGACACACUUUCAGUAACUGACCGCGCUAGAAAAUAUUCACGACGUGUGAAAGUUGUGUCACGUGCUCCACAGCAAAAUGAAGAACUUCCAGCGGGUGUUCGUGUUAAAGCGUCACAGAGGCAAAGCAGAGUUCGUGCAUCCGAAAAACGACAGGUACCAACAGAGGCAGAAGGAAGGCCGCAGUUAAACCAGGGCGGAAUCCCGCCCACUGCCGCAAAACGUUCAGUUCGAGUACGAAAGUCCGUCCGAAAAUCGGUGAGGGUAGCGCCCGAUCCAGCUCAGCGAAAAAAGUUCUUGGAUUUGGGAAACGAAGACGAAAACACAAGUGCAAAUCGUCUUCAAGUUUCGGCCGGAACGGCGCGAGCAGCACCUCGGGAAUCUGUUCGUUUAAUUAAGACGUCUCUUUCAACGAGAAGGCGGGCUUUCCUAUCCGCUCAAAAUCCAGAUCAAAAUACAGAAUCAAAAACUCCUACUGCCCCAAAAAAGCAAUCUCGACGAAUUCGCGUAAAAAGCAUAAAGCGACCUGCAGCAACCGAAGAAGAACAAUCAAAGACUGGUAAAUCGCAAACGGACGAUAAAGACAGAGGUACACCUGGACCUUUAAACACGGACACCCAAGGUGUCAAAAACGUUAACGAAAAUGCCGGGAGCGAACCGAUUUCUCCGUUUGCAAAACGUAAAUCGCGCAGAUCGAGGAUUGUGAAAGUGGCAAAAGGAGAAACGGAAGGUGAAGAUGGGAAAGAAUCAAUUCGAAAGUCUGUCAGAGUUGUACGGAGAUCUGUACGAUUACCUCCGCCCAAAAAGGAAGACUCUGGCGAGCAGGAUGCCGUUCGACAACAAGGGGAUUCAACGAAGGAGGGGGAGAGGUUAUUAGGGGACGGGAAGGUUCAUCUCGGUUCUGCAUACACUGAGCGCCCGAGAAAAAUCCGGAUGUCCCGGUUCGCGAAGUUCGAUGUUGGACCUGGUGCCAGGAAAAAGAUACCUGACGAACAGGCAAAGCAAAAAGAUACACUUGUUGCUGGCGAUGAGCAAGCAGAUGCUGACGGCGCUUUAAAGCUACCUGGAAGGCCAGCUAAGUUACGUAUGUCACGGAUGGGAAUGUUUGAAGGUAAAAAGGUGCGGUCUGUGCGGCGAGUGGUUCGGCCUUCUACUAGACACGAGAUAAAUCUAAACGCGAGGAUCCAAGAGUUUCAAAACCAAGCGAAAGGUGGCACAAGCGAGACCACACUUGCGCCUCCAGGAUACAGGGAAAAGUACUUGGACACCUUUCGGAAAAUGGGAGAAGGUGAAGAUGGGGUAAAAGACGAUGCUGAUCAACCUAAACCGGCAAGGAAGGUCAGUCGAAGGAUAGUAGUUCGAAAAUCCUGUAGAAAUGCGCCGUCUGUUGCAUCGCGUGCCAAACAAUUGAAGGAUGCUGAACAAAAGUUAAAAGCCGAAGCGGAGGAAGCGAAGAGAAAAAGGUUGGAUGAAGCUGCUGUGGCAAUAACUAGGAAACCACUGCAGCUUCCUGACAGAACAUUCAGUGACUCGGAUGACGAUAGUCCAGAAACGAGCUCCGAUGAAAGGAAUGAUGAAACAAGCAUGGAGCCUGCUUCGGAUGGGGCAAAGAAAGGUGCGGAUAAAGAAGAAGAAAAGGAAGAAGAUAGCACAAAGAACAUCAUCAUGGAAACCGAUAUUGUCAAAGGUGAAGAGCUCAGUGAAAAUGCGGUCGAGGACAAGGUUGAAAAAAGUAACAGGGAGGCAGAAAUAAAACAAGAAGAACAAGUUAAAGAGGCCGAAAUUGUGGAGCACAACGAAGUAGAAAACGACAUGGAAACUGAAAUCACAAAAUGUGAGGAAACUGAGGAUAAUUCACUAUCCCGUGCUUAUUCUAAAAGCGAUAUAUUGGAUUUCGAUGAAAGCCCUGAAGCUGAUGAUGACACGCAAGCAGAAACCGACGAAGGUCAAGCUACUGAGGUGAUAAAAGACACCGAGAGUAAUAACAGGGAUACAGAACCUGAGAAUACAGAAAUAUGUACUACGGAAAAUGAAAAAAAAGUAGAAUUGGAAGAAGAAUGUGAACAGGCGCCGGAGUUGGCUUUUACUCCUGAAGAACACAAGACAGAAAAUAAAACGCAAAGUGGGACGUGCGAGGUGGAGAACAUUAUGAUAGAUGAUACUCAGCUUGAUAAAGUAAACGACAAUGCACUGGCCGUGGAAUCAGUGUCGCCACCUAUUGAUUUACAAACAGACAACGAGGACAGCUAUUAUAAAGAUAUAAGCGAAGAAUGUCAAGAAAAAGAAGACAAAGAAGACAGUGAACAAACAGCACAACAGCAGAUUGGAAUAGAGCAACCUAAGUUGAAUGAGUCGCGCGAGACGAAAGAAGAAAGUUCCUUAGAGACAAAGGAAGAGGCAUCGGAGGAAAAAUCACAACAAGAACUAACUCUCGAUAUUCCAUUGACUUACCAAGCACUGGAUACUUCAGAAAAUCAGGAAAAUGCUCUUUCUGUUGAGGAAGAGGAUAAACAGGACGAUGGAUCAGCUACUACAGAAAAACCAAAGUUGCUCUUUGAAAAAAUAGAAAAACCAGAACAGGAAUUGAUGGCUGGUACUUUUGUUGUUAAGUCUAGCGGGAAUGGCAAUGACGAGGCUGAAGAUUCGGAUAGCUCGGGAGAGGACACUGUUAUAAAUGAGAAGUGGAGACUGAAGAAGAGAGAGCAGUACAUCGAGAAGUAUCGGGAAAUGGCGACUUACAAAUCACCUGAAGAAGAAGUCAAGGAAUUGUUGGGUACGAGUGAAGAGACAUUGGAUACAGCGGCAGAAAUUGAAAGAACAAAAAAGUUAAUUGGAGAAAUUAAAGCUGAGAUAAAAAAAUGUGAAGAAGGGGUCAAAGAAAAAGAGGGAACGUCGCCGGGUGUUUCAAAAGAGGCAACAAAUAUAUCAAUCGAAACUAAGAAAAUAGAUGAGGUUACAAAAGUACCGCCAGUAAAGCCGUUGCGGAAACAGCAAAAAGAAAAUGCAGGGUUGAAGCAAAACGUAGAUUCCAGUGUUGAAGAACAACAAACAAGUAAACCUGAUAUAGAAACUGCCAAAAAAGUGGAAAAUGAACAAACCAAAGAUAAAGUUAAAGAAGUAAAACAAGAGAUAAAGGUGAAAAAAGAAGAAAAUCAACCGGAGAUCAAAGUUGAAGCUGUAACGGAAACACAAACCCAAGUUGAAUCUCAACUGGAAGAUAAGGAAGAAGAAACAACAGAAGAGCAAGCAGAGGAAGAAACAACAGAAGAGCAAGCAGAGGAAGAAAACGAAGAAGAAGAAUACCAAGAGCAGGAGCAAGAAGAAGAUAGUGAUGAAGAAGAGGUGGAGUACAUAUCAGAGGAGUAUUCCGAUGCAGAGUACAGCGGAGAGGACGAAGACGUUGAAUAUGAAGAGGUGAUUGAAUAUUUGACCGAUGAUGAAGAGGAGGGAGAGGAAGGUGAUGAAGAUGUUGAGUAUGUUUACGUGGAUGAGGAUGGGAAUGAGAUCUCAGUUGAUCCUAAUGAUGGAGAGAUUGAAUACGAUGAGGAUGGGAAUCAGAUCAUCUACGUCACGGAUUCGGAAGAAGAAGAAGUGGAGUAUGAGUACGUCACUGAUAGUGAUGAGGUGGGGUCGGAUGAGGAGGUCAUCUAUAUGGAUGAGGAUGGGAAUUACAUCGACGCGGAUGGGAAUCCAGUAGAUUACGUUCCUGGUAGUGAAGAUGAAAUCAUAGAAGAAGACGAAGAGUAGAUCAACUGAGAAAUCAUCGGAUUUGUAACACAGUGUUAUAUACAGAUUUGUAGUAAUAUAGUCGGCUAUACAGUUCUGUCGUUUAUUCUUUCUUUGUGUAGACUGUAGAUUAUCGGCUCGGUGUACCUCUUUAUUAUGUUAUUCUGCAAAAUGGGAAAUAUUUUGUAUAGGUUCAAUUGUAUACACGUUGUACAGCAUGUGUGUAUUUAUAUUUUAUUGCUUCGUUCACAACAACAGCAUCGUGCUAUGUUUGUGCCUUAUACAAUCUAACGUCACUGUAUAGAAAGCUCAUGGGCUAUUUGGUGCGUGGCGAAAUAAAGCAAUUGAAUCAGCAUAUUUAUUCCAAUAAGCAGCCUUAUGCCGCAAGCUUGAUUAAUUGCGGUUUCCAUGUGUUGCCACACUUUUGCUCGUACCACAAGGCCCAUGGUAAUCUUUUUGUAAAUAUUUUUGUUUAAACUUUUAACUUAUCGUGUGUAUGCAGCAACUGCGGUGAAAGGCUUCAACCUAAUUACUUGUACAUUUUGAUAUAUGUCGUUUACCCAGAAUCAUGCGUCGUAAAAGAACAUUUUGUUCUGGUGAGAUAUUCUGUUUCCCUUGUUCGUUUUCUUUACCAAACAGGUAUUAACGAUCGUAAAGCACAAUCAUUGCACUUACUGUAAACCUAUAUAGGCUUUCGUAUAACUAUAAACCAUCGCAAUCAGAAUGUACAUAAUCUAAAUUCGUUUUACAAACUUAACCACUUUUUCGUGAGUUCAAGCAAUUACAUUUUUCAGACACCAGCAGCAUGUAAAUACAACAAAUGUAUUUGAAUUAAUCAAGGUAUUGCAAACUUCGAAUAUUUCAAGCAAUUUUGAUAUCUACAGUAUAUCGCAUAGUGGAAUACUGACAAUGCUGUAAAAGCAACGAAAUAUUAAUCAGAUGUUAAAUAGAAGAAUGUAACUGUAUCACAUUUCAUUAUUUAGUUAAAGGCUGUACAUUUUGAGAUUUAAUCAUGUUUUGCAUUUUUUGUAAAACAUUUGUUUAGUUUUUUAAACGUUUAACCAUACGAAGAAUAAUUUAAGUACAUUUUAAAACCAGUUUCAUAUUUCGCUGUGUUUCACAUUUAAACAACAGACCCUUGUUCAAUUCAUUGGUUUUGAUUCCCCAAAUAUAAAUGACAGAAUCGAUUUAAACAAUCAUGUACUUCAACAGCAUGAUUACGUAAAGCGAUAUAACGGUUGGUGAGAUUCUCGUCUCUGGCAAAAUUGCCUACAGGCAACGGAAAUUGCCGGUGCAGCAAGUUAAUCAAAGAGAUGUUUUGUGUGAGCGAAUUUUCUGUUUAUUUCAACGGAAACACUGUUUAGCAUUUUUCCAAUUAUCUUCAAAAAUAUCCCUUAGGCAACGAAAUGAAAAGGCUAUAUAUGGGCAAGACACGCAAGUUUACAGUAUAUAUCUGAAAAGCUGAUUGAUAUAGCAGACACGAAAUGUCGCUCAUAAAAUCAAAAUUAGUUAUUUUCGUUUCGCUUCUGUUUUAUGCCGACUUAGUCGCCUCGAACGACGGGCGGUAUUUGGUUUGCAAGACGAUGUCAGAAGUAUUUCUAUCAUCUGGUGGAAAUGUAGCUUCAAAUUUAACCCGUAUUCGUGGCCCCCCUGGCAAAAUGGGGCCAAGGGGUCUAAGUGGUCCAAUCGGCCCAAUCGGCCGACCUGGUGUUGCUGAUAUGGAUGCCGUGAAUCAAUUAGUGCUGAAUGCAAUUAGAAACUAUACCGCACCAAUGAAAAUAUGUCACGGAGUUGUUUACCGGGACAGAUGCAUCUGGCUUCCAUAUAAAAAUGGCCCGAGAAUGACAAAAGCUGAUGCUUUAAGAUACUGCGAAACUCGAGGUGGUACUCUGUUGGAUAUGGUGGAUAGGAACAUGUAUCGAAUCGUUAACGACUACGUGAAAAGGACAUGGGUUACAAGGAUCAGCGCUGUUGAUUUUUGGUUAGCCUCUGUAUAUGAGAACGGAAAUGUUCGACAAAGCAACGGCAGCAUAGCUUAUGUUAAAUGGUUUUCUGUUCCAUUACCAUCAAAUGGCAGGACAGCAAUGGUGUGGAAGGUGAGAAUGGAUGGCCCGAGCAACUCUAAUAAAGGAAUGUAUAAUACUUAUGAUACGGUCAGAAACCAUGUCAUCUGUUCGUCUGUCGUGGAAUAAAGCAAAUUGUUAUAUGUAUACAAAUACGCUUUAUUGUAUAUAAUUCACUACAUUGGUGUCAAACAAAAUAAGCAAAAAAUCUUGUAAAAAU